UGCCAUUAUAGACAGUCACACUUUGUGUGAGUUCAAACUUCAAAAAAGCAAAGAAGCUUCUUUCACUUCAACAAUGGCGGAAAUCUCCGAAGAACCUCCAAAUCCAAUACCUCCACAACCACAACCACAACCACAACACACACACCAACCAUCCGAAUCAACCAUUCGAAAAGCCAAACCUGGACUCAAGCGUCUCACUCUCACUCUCUCAGUCCUCGUCUCUUUCAUCUUCGCUUUCCCUUUCCUCUACAAAUCCGUCGAAAUCCACCGCGCUCCACUUCCCUUUCGCGAAAUCGAUUCCCUCUCGUCCCAAAUCGGAUCCAACACCAACCACCCCUCGCUUUCAUUCCCUUGCCAUUUCCAAGCAAUCUUCGUAAAUUUCAACAAUUCCAACGCGGAAACCCUAGAGUCCUUGAUUUUUGACGAAUUGACCAAGUUGACCUCCAACACAACCUCGCAAUGCAGUACUUUAUCGGUAAAGCUUGUGAAUUCUGGUCCAAUUUGGUCCUUGAUCGGGGCCGUUGAUUUUGGCGGUGACGAUGAGAGUGUUGACGAGGCUUUGGCGGGUGUGUUGGGUGGUGAGAAGGUGUAUAGUGUGGUGGUGGUGAAAGGGGAGAGUGAGGAGGUGAAGGGGGUGGUGGGGAAGUAUAGGUAUGGAUGGGUUGUGGGGAGGGUUUCGGAGGUGGAGGCGGUGGAGAGGGUGGCGGAGAUGUUUGUUAAGGUGUUUGUGAAUGGUGGGAAGGAGGAAGGGUUCAUUCAUGGGGAGUUUAUGCCUGUUGGGGCUGAUGGGAGGAUUGUGCUUUCCUUUAAUUUGCUUAAUUCUAACCCACAUGAUUGGGUUUAUGAUUGGGAUUUUCAAGCAAUAGAUGAUACACUAUUGGCCCCUAUAAUUAAGGCUCUAGGACCGGUAGCUAACAUCAGUGUGGAAAGUCAGGUUUUAUACCAUACACCAAAGUCUUCAUUUUCUUUCUGGGACGAUAAGAGGAAAGGCUACAUCUUUAGCACCAAGGAUCUUCCUUUCUUUGUCAAUUCAAAUGAGUGGCACUUGGAUACUUCUAUUGCAGCAGGAGGGAGGUCAAAGAUAUUGCAAUUUGUGGUAUACAUACCAUCUGCAAAGGAAUGCCCUCUUCUACUACAGCUUCCAAAUGGAGAGAUUUCUAAGACGAAUGGAUUCAUAUCUCCUAUGUGGGGAGGUGUUAUUGUUUUGAAUCCCCAAGGUUGUCUGAAGGAUUCAGAAAGUCAGCAUCCUAUCAGGCAAACAAUUUCCCACCAGGAUCUGCAGAAGGUUUUUGAAGUUUUCAUGGGGCAGUUCCGACAACUUUUUGGUCUUAAAUCUGACAGUCAUUAUUUUGGUUCCUCUGGCACAUACAGUCUUUUAGCCAGUGAAAAAGGCUUCUCAGAAUGGGAAUUGGAUUUCCUGGCACGGCGACAUACAUGCUUUAAUCUUCAUUCGUGUGCUACAACACUUGGAUCUCUUUCCAGAUUGGUUCAAUCACUGCCAAGGAUGAUUAUCAUGGAUGAGAUUGGUAAACAGGUAAAAUAUUCUCUUGAGGCGGCAAACUUGGCUCAAAGGAAUGCCUCUCUUGGACAUUAUGAUGCUUCAGCUGUGUCCUCUAGGCAAGCAAGAUCUCUGGCAGAAGAUGCCUUCUUUCACCCAUCAAUUAUGUCUGUCAGCUACUACUCCUUUGAGCAUUGUUUUGCUGUCUAUUCGCCUUUCUUUCUGCCAGUUUCGAUGCAUGUCCUCCUGGCAGCAUUAAGAGAAUGGAGAAGAUACAAGAUAGAAAACAGAAAGUACUUAGCAUGGAAGGCUGAAGUGAAAAAAAAUUCUUGAAGUCAUUUCCUAAAACUGAGUUGACAUGAAGCAAGGCUCCAAUAGUUGGAUGGCUACUAAGCUAGCCUAAUGAGCACAGGAGGAGCCAUUUGGGGGCAAAGAGCACACAGUUGCCUGCCUCUAUAAGCUUCCGGGAAGAAUUUGGCACUAUUUGUUCUUGCGUUUUGGCUUGUGUUUAUUCUUCCUUUCUUUGGAUGUAAGUUCCCCUCAAACCACAUGCAAAGCUCAAGAUACACCAAUACCAUUGUCUUUUUGUAAAUAUCUGUAGACAGUGAUACUUAUGGUCCUUUGAUUGGAAGGCAUUCGUUUGAUAAUUUUAUUUUUGGUAACAUCCUUCAGGAUUAAUCUUUUAUACAAAAUCAAGUCUCUAAAUGCA